ACUGUACGUAGCCUUGGCUCGUCGUCUUUUACGAAACGCUUUUGACAGUUUUCUCCUAAACCACGCCUUUGCUCCUGCAUCCUGGUAUUGUAUUGGUUAAGGAGCAGGUCGCCGAGGAUCUUACUGGUUGUUUUUUUUUCAUAGGGUCCCAAACAGCUCCGAGAUUUGGAAUGUUUGCUUACUGUCUAGUAGCAAAAUGGCGACUGUCAUUCAGAAUCCCCUCAAAUCGCUAGGUGACCAGUUCUACCGGGAGGCCAUAGAACACUGUCGCAGCUACAACGCCCGUCUGUGUGCCGAGCGGAGCGUCCGUAUGCCCUUCCUGGACAACCAAACUGGCGUGGCCCAGAACAACUGCUACAUCUGGAUGGAACAGCGCCACCGCGGGCCAGGUCUGGGUGCUGGACAGAUGUAUGCGUACCCAGCUCGGUGUUGGAGGAAGAAGAGGCGGCUUCACCCCCCUAUGGACCCUCAGCUACAACUCUGUGAACUACGACUGGAGGCAGAGCUGGCCCCUAAGAGGGAGCCCUCCCCAGGAGAGGCCACAGCUCUGGAGACUCUGCUCAGAGGGGAGGGACAACUGGAGAAGAAGAAAGACAUCAUCAAGGAGGACGAGACCCUUCUGGAGAUACAGAGGGUCUUGGAGGCUGACGAGAAUGGGGACGAUUUUCAUCAUGACAAUGAGGACUUUGAAGUGGACACUCCGAAGAGGAAGCAGAGGAAAGGAAGGGGCCGAGGAUCCAGCCGCAGGAGGGCGGAGGCUGUGUCCAACGACGACGUGGAUAAACCUUACGUCUGUGACAACAGAUACAAACAAAAGCAUAACUCAAAAACUGCUGACUCAGUCUGUGGGAAGCGUUAUAAGAACCGUCCAGGUCUGAGCUACCACUACGCACACACACACCUGGCGGAGGAAGAGGGGGAGGAGAGGGAGGAGAGGGAGGAAGAGAUGCCACCGACCCCGCCACCACACCGACCAGACCCAGACCCCGACAACCACAAACCUCAGAGGGCGGCAGAUGGCUCCAUCAUCCCUAACGACUACUGUGACUUUUGUCUGGGAGACUCUGACUCUAACAGGAAGACUGGCCAGGCUGAGGAGCUGGUGUCCUGCUCUGACUGCGGUCGCUCCGGCCACCCUACCUGUCUGCAGUUCACAGACAACAUGAUGAUGGCGGUAAAGACCUACCAGUGGCAGUGCAUCGAGUGCAAGUCCUGCAGUCUCUGUGGCACCUCUGAGAACGACGACCAGCUGUUGUUCUGUGACGACUGUGACAGAGGAUACCACAUGUACUGUCUGAAGCCCCCCAUGACCCAACCUCCUGAAGGGAGCUGGAGCUGUCACCUGUGUUUGGAUCUGUUGAAGGACAAGGCCUCCGCCUAUGAAGAGCCAUAGCUUCUCUAACACACACAGACACACACACACACACACACACACACACACACACACACACACACACACACACACACACACACACACACACACACACACACACACACACACACACACACACAAUGGAUUUACAGGCUCAGGGUGCACAUUCAGUCUCAUCUCGUUCAGCUUCUCAGUUUCUAUCUCACUACUAUCCUCUCUACCUCUGAAGUUGAAACAAUGUCAUGAUGUGGGUUAUAAAAACCACAAAGAGAAUCGUCAAAUAGGAAUCUUUGCUACACAGUGUUUGACACUACGCUGUUCUACAAUGUCUUCUGACUGUUAUCUCGCUAGAGAUGUUUGUGCUGAGGUAAAAAAAAAAAAAAUGCAUUAUGUACCGGAAACAAGGAGAAUUUAUGUCUUGUUUGUUUGAAUUUCAGUUUCCAGUCCUCUCCUUGUUAAAAUUUCACAGUGACGUUGUUUCAUAUUGCACCAAGACAUAUUGCAUAUUUUAAAUAACGUUUACUCACAGGACUUAUCAAGCAUCCUUUUAUUUUUUUGAGGAGUCAUUGCAGCCGUUAUUUAAUUUCAGUUGGAUAUUAGCCAGGUUUGUGGUUACUAGGAUACUUAAAAGUACCUCAUGACAAUGAUCUAAAUCGUUAUUAAUUUAAAACUGGUCUUAUUUAUACA